AUGGCAAUCUUCUGUGGUACAACGCCGGCAUCACAUCGGGGUGUAUUUCGCUCCAUGCAUAAAGAGUGGUGUCAAAGCAAUCUUCCAGAAAAUCAGUCAGCAAUUUUCGAUGAAUUAUGUUCGUGCUUCAAUUCAGGGGAAGAAAGUAAUGCCUCUAGUUUGCCAUUAGUUAAUAAUAAUCUGCAAGAUGGACUCUCUACUUCUGAAUGCGAUGCAACAAUAACGAAACGUAAUUUUCUUAAUUUGGUACAUGGACUCUUACUACUACUGAUUAUCGUUCGCACAGUGUUGGUAUGUGUAAUAAAUGGUCUGAAUUUCCAAUAUUCGCACAACCGAACAGAUUAUUCUGAAGAGGAUAUGAAAUUGUUGAGGGCUACUUUCGGAUUUCAAAUAGCUUCUCAUAUAUCUAUACUUUUUGUCUCUAUUCCGACUUGUCUUUUUGUCGUGAGAGAUUAUUUAGAUCGAAUUUAUGAAGGUGCCCAUCUUGAACAUCUUUUUAAGCGAAAGCCGAAUUGGAAAAACCAAGUAAUUAUCAAAUUAUCAGACCUCAAUAAUUGGGUGAAAUUUGCUAAAGGCAACGAAACGCGUUAUCGUGGGCCAGCAAAUGUAUAUUCAUUUGUUCAUAUUAUGGAUGUCGCCGUAUAUUCUAUAUCAUAUGCUAUUUAUAUGUAUCAUGAAAACAAACAAUUCAAAGUGCUUCGCUGGUGCCACAUUGGAAGUCUAAUAACUUUCGCUUUCCUCUUACUACUGAUUAUGGUGAUAACGAAUCAACAGGGAGCUCGACUUAAACUGUUAACUGAACGUGUUUACUCUCAAAAUGAUUAUAAUGACAAUGCCGGUGAACUUGAUCGCCCGGCAUCAGAUGAUAACAAACUACGACCACUAUCUGACACGGGAGAGUGGAAACAGCUCAUCGAUGAUUAUACUUCGUAUGCUAUAUUCCUCUACUUCAAGGCAAAUCCACUCCUUCUUCUAUUAUGGAUUAUAGAAAUUAUAUUAGCAUGGACCUUACCGCUAAUUAAAACUUUAAUUCCUUGGAUUGAUAUAAAACCUAACGUUACUAUUUCUUAUUAUGAUAUGUUUUAA